AUGGAUACCUAUGAAUGUAAAAUUUGUUGCCUACAACAUCCAAAAGAAGAUGUAUAUAAGCUAGCUAAUUGUUCCCAUGGUUACUGUAAAGAAUGUUUAAAUCUUUAUAUUUUAACAGAAAUUCCAAAAGCAGGCGUUAAAGAAAUUAUUUGCCCAGAAUGUAAAACUCCCAUUAGCUAUUAUGAUGUUAAGGACAAUGUCAACUCUUUGGAUCAAAUAAAGUAUGAUGGUUUUUUAUUAGAAAAUUCAUUAUCCAAAGAUCCAAACUAUAGAACAUGUCCAAACAAAAAAUGUGAAUUUUCAUUGAUAUGUGAUCCAGAUUCUACAAAGAUAACAUGUCCCAAUGGAGAGUGUAAAUUUGCUUAUUGUUUCAAUUGUAAAGAUGUUUGGCAUGCUGAUGUUACCUGCGAAAAAUAUCAAAAAUUGAAACUUCAAAAUGAUAUAGAACAAAAACAACUCGAAAAAUGGGUUUCAUUACACGCUAAGAAAUGCCCAAAUUGUAAAGUAAAUAUAGAAAAAAAUAGAGGUUGCAAUCAUAUGAAAUGUACAAAAUGUUCAUAUUAUUUCUGUUGGCAAUGUUUGAAUGCUAUUAUAAACAAUAAAUGUGUUUGUAAAUAA